ACAAGUCCCAAGGAAUUUGGAAGCAACAUCCUCGUAGUAGCUACUUAACCAGCAGCAGCAGAAGAAGAAUCGAGAGAGUCAACUAAAGGAGCCGAUCGAGAUGGCGUCCAUGAUGGGAGGAGACUUCGUGGAGGCCUACGUGCUCAGGACCGCCUACAAGGAGAAGAUGAGGCGCAUGGACGAGGCGGCGGCGGCCGCCGCAGCCGUUGAAGGAAAGAACAGCAAGGAGGGCGGCGCCGGCGGUGACUCUGCUGGAGAGAAGAAGGCCGAGAGCGCGAGCAGCAAGGGAGGGUUCUUUGGGCUCAUGAAGAAGAAGGUGCACCCGAAAGCGGCUUCUUCUUCUUGAUCCUUGUAACUAUGGUAUUGUGUUCGGGAUGCAUGUCACGAAGAAAUCCUGCAAAUAUAUAUGUGUAUGUACGGAGUAGAGGUUUUAGGUGCCAUGAAUGGUAGGGGCUGCAGCUUGUUGGAGUUCAGUCAUGGCUGGUUAGCUGGCUGCAGCUUCGCGCUAGCACCUAGCACUGUGUGUGUGUGUGUAAGCUUGUUCUUCCGAUCAGCUUCUCCUGGGAGGAGUGUGUGAGCCACUGGCUGGCUGUAACGUUGGUUCUUUUGUUAAUUGGCUACUUGAGUUGAAGAAAAUUAAG